UGAGUCCACACCUCAGAUUCAGCUCCUCUGAACUCACCUGGUGAAACCAAGCUGCUUCAUGUCAGCACUAGAGCAGCUCUACACCUCUUAAGAUAAUGUUUUUUACAGGGAUUUCCUCGGUCUAGGUUCAAAACAUAAAGAACCCACCCCAGGCAGACUCUAGACCCUUUUCUUUCAUUUGCUUGAACUUCUGUCACCUUCAAGGCAGCAGCCAUGAACUGGGCUGCCCUACAGGCCCUCCUCAGCGGAGUUAACCAAUACUCCACCGCCUUCGGCCGGGUCUGGCUCUCCAUGGUCUUCGUCUUCCGGGUGAUGGUGUUUGUCGUGGCGGCUCAGAAGGUGUGGGGGGAUGAAAGCAAGGACUUUGUGUGCAACACCCAGCAGCCAGGCUGUGAGAACGUGUGCUACGACCAGGUCUUCCCCAUCUCUCACAUCCGCCUGUGGGCCCUGCAGCUCAUUUUUGUCACCUGCCCAUCACUGAUGGUCGUUGGACAUGUGAAGUAUCGAGAGAAGAAGAACGCGCAGUCCACUGCCACAAACCAGGGCAAACAUCCGUACCAAAACCCAGGAAAGAAACAAGGAGGUCUCUGGUGGACAUACCUGGUGAGUCUUAUCUUCAAAGCAAGCUUCGAUGCAGGCUUUCUCUACAUCCUCUACUACAUCUAUGACGGCUACGACUUACCUCGCUUGACCAAGUGCUCCCUGGAACCUUGCCCUAACACAGUGGACUGCUACAUAUCCCGUCCAACAGAGAAAAAGAUCUUCACACUGUUCAUGGUGGUUUCCUCUGCCAUCUGCAUCUUCAUGUGCAUCUGUGAGAUGACUUACCUCAUCUGCAAACGGGGCAAAAGAUUUGUUAAACAGAAAGUAUUUGGGAGCGGACGGAUGUAUCCGAUGUCCCACGAAAUGGACAAACUGUCACCCUCAAACUCAAACCUCAGAUCCAAAUCUUCACAUAAAAUUGAUCCCACAGUCUCAAACCAAAACCUCACCAACAUCAAGACUGAGAGAGUCCCAGAGAAAAAUGAGGAAAGUUAACCUGAAAAGGACCGAAAGUGUGUGGAACUAAGGUCUUGGAAGAAAACAAAGAAGUCAGUUACACCUAUAGGCUACUUAAGUUAUUCGUAGAGAUUUCUUUUUGAAAUAUUAGAUAGUAAUCAAAACUUAGAUUACAAUGCACGUCUGUAAAAUUUCUGUCAUUUUUGUAUUUGAUGUGAGUUGAGAGCCUAUCUGGAUGUAAAGUUUGCUAGCUGUUUAGUCAUUUUGAAGAAUAGAAAGUAAAACUUUGUUUUAAUUUCUUUCAAACACACAUUCUGCCCUCUGGGAGUAAAAGACGAAAAUAAAAUAUUUCCUAUAGAGCAGUUCAGAUAAGAAUCCUUUGAAGUUAGUUUCCUCUUGUUCAAAAAAAAAUCACAACUUUCAUUUUUGUUUUUGUAAUAUAUUGUACUUAAGGUUUAAAAUCAUCAAUACUUGCUUUAUCAGUUAUCAUCACAUCUAAAGAGUAAAUGUUUUUAAAAAAAAUAGAAUAUAUUUUGAUGUGUUUUAUUUUGUAUUUAUUUUUGUAACCUAUAAAGAUGUAUCCAAACAUAGUGUGUCAAUAUUUUUGUAUUCCACAAAUACUUCAUAAUUAUAAAAUACCGUAGUAUAAUUACUAUGUUCUUUGUCACCACAGAACAAAAAAAAUAGUAAAUAAACUAAACUAAUCCUGACGUUUGGGGCUGUGAAACUACUGAAUUGCGCAAGAGAGGAAUUUUUAUUUAUUUAUUUAUUUUUUAUUGAACAAUUGCAACACACAGAACAAA